AUGCCGUCUCUCCGGGUGUUUCAUCGUGCUCUGCCUCUCAAUGACCAACGUCACCCACCUGCGUCCCGACCAGCUCAGUCUAGAGAUAGUCUCACUGUCCCUGUUGCUUCCCCCGGCCUCUCUGCUGUCUCUAGCAACCCUUCAUCUAGCUCAUCCCUCACGCCAACGGCGGAGCACCCUCCAGGAGGAUCAGCUUUCCGUGCUGCACAACCUGGCGAAGCCUCUCGGACGCAGGCUUCAUCUACCGAUGGUCAUCGAGUCUUGUCAAGACUCCAUGCGCUAUUCAACACGCCCGCAAAUAUAUAUGCCCCUGGAUCCAGGCCGAAUGGGGGCACCGCGGAGAUAUCUCGAGUCAAGACGGAGCCAUCGGGUAUCGGGCUGAGAGAUUCGGAGAUCUUUGGAGUGACCAAUCAAGGGUCUCAGGUGCCAGCGGUAAAGGACAGAGAUGCUAUCAAAGUGUUGAUCGUAACGUGGAACAUGGGCGAGACGUUGCCCAAAGGAGAUCUGUCUGUCCUGCUUGGUGAUGUUCCGACCUAUGACGGCUCUCAUCCUUCUGGCCCGCUACCUAUGUUUCCUACGGAGCAUGGCCAUCCAUACCACAUCGUGGUCGUCGCAGGUCAAGAAUGCCCGACACACAGUGGUGUGCCGAGAGGAUGGGGAGGAGGGCUGAUGAAGGGCGUCAGGGGUGCUCACAAGAAGCACAAGGAUGAGAGGCAGAAAGAAGGGGACAAAGCCGUGAUUGGCGAGGAGGAUGAAGAGAUGGACGAAGACGAAGGCUCGGAGGCAGCGCUGCAUGUGAACGAGGUGCAAAGGCUCAAAGUUGAAGAACGAGCAACAGCCCAGAGCAACAAGUGUUCUCCGCUGCCGUCUCCUCGACGCCCUCAAUCACCAGCAGGUAAUAAGAGUGAUGAUGCCUCAAGCGCAGACGGCCAUUGCAAAUCACCUCGUGUGCCUAUAGACGACGAUGAAGGCCGCUCUCAGAGACUUUCUCAUUCUUCGUCGAUGGAGCGCGGUCACGGAAGUCUGCUCCAUCGACACAAUCACGGUGGUGGAUCCAAAGGCUGGAGCACGAUGCUGGAUGAUUGGUUCUGUGGACCGUCCGCCAGCAGGCGGGCGAAUCAUUCGUCUCAAGAUUCUCACCCUGCCCAAACUCCCAACCAUACCUCUCUCUCACCUCCGAGAGCUACACCUCAUCUCAUCAGAUCAUUUUCAGCCCCUGAAUCCCCUACGUCCGCCAGUCUCGUCCAGCCGCCAUCCCCUUCAGAUAGACUGGCAAUACCGGUCACAUCUCGCUCACCCCUAUCCAGGUCCAUAUCUACGACUGGUUCCAUCGCUAGCAGUGAUUCCUCCUCAGCCUCGACGCCUUCGGCAGACAUACCUGUAGAGAUUCUCUCAGCAUCGCCGCCAGCUCUUGCCCUACCAAAACCUUUGGUGCCACCGAUAGACAUUCCCAAAGGAGGAUUGACCGUUCCUCACCCUGUCCACGUCGGAUCGAUUGAUGAGCGACUCAUGGUAAAGCCCGAGCUCGUUGUGCCGCUCGAAGAGGGUCGAACUGUUGGUGGGGAGAAGUGCUAUCUCCACUUGAUCAAAGAGAGACUGAUGGGCAUGUACUUAUCGGUAUACGUGUACAAGGGUUGCGAACAUCUCAUUCAGGGCGUCGACAAGGAUUUUGUCACAGCUGGCUUGGCUGGUGGACGGGUAGGCAAUAAGGGCGGAAUCGGGAUCAGCCUCAAACUUGCGGAUCACAGAUUCCUUUUUGUUAACUCUCAUCUCGCUGCUCAUACAGCUCGAGUCAAUGCUCGACUCUCCAAUAUCGCCAAGAUCAAGUCCGAAUUACGGCUCGAUACCUUUUUGGCCAAGGAUGAUCAAUUGAACGAGCUGGAAGACCUGACUGACAGAUUCGACACGGUCUUUUGGUGUGGCGAUCUGAAUUUCAGGCUUGAUCUGUCGAGACUCCAUGCCGAAUGGCUUGUUGAGAAAAAGAAGUACAGCGAGGCACUCAUGUGGGACCAGCUGAAAAAUGCCAUGAAAGACGAGGCGAAAAAUCCGUUCCCUGGAUUCCAGGAACAUACGAUCGACUUUCCCCCAACUUUCAAGUAUGAUGUCUGGCGAUCACUCAAGGCUACAAAUCGGGAGCUGAGGCGCAAUCUGCGUCGAAGGGGCACGAUGGACAAUCGCCAAGCCAAGCAGAUCACGAAUGGUCCUGAGACGCCUGUCACGCCUAUACAAGACAAACUGCCCCACGUUCUCGAGUCCCACGCAGAGCACGCAGGGGAGUUGGCGGACAAUCGAUCGUUCCUCAGUCAACGGGAAAGUGAUGAGGAUGCCAGAACCAUACAUUCUCGACGUUCCAUCGAUUCUUCCGUCUAUCAGUCUGGUGUACCGUCCACUGCGGGCACCGAUGUCUCAGAUGCCGAAUCCAUGUUCCGCCAGCCGAUCGAUUCCAGUGCCUAUGGCUCUAAACAUAAGGCGCUGGAAGUUGCUAUCAAGAGCAAGACGAAGAAAUUCUUGGGUCUUGUCAAGAUGGACGGAGUGUUCAGAUCUGUCUCCUCCUCAUCUCGUCGAGCAUCUGAUCGCCGGCCUCAGCUGGGGAGAAGUUACGAAGAAGACUCCCCAAGACCUAGUGGAGAUUUCGACGCUGAAUCCCGGAGGACAUCGAUAUCGUCUAUGGGGACCAUGUUGACGCAGGACAAUGAAUUUGCAACGAGCUUAGGCGACGGAAACAAGGUGAACGGAUUGCUUGUGCCUGGCGUACUACCCAAUCCGCAGACUCCAGAACUCGCCCCAGCGUCGAGUCCCAUGUCCCCACCUCGUCGAGGGAUCAGAAGACUGUCAAUGGUGCGGCGUAUGCCCUCUACCAGGUCCACAAAGGAUCGACAGUCGCAUGAGGAUCACUCACGGGAGGGCGAGCUGGACGAGCUAGACACUACGGAUCGGAGAGAAGGUGUAUAUGAUACGUCUAAAAAGCAGAGAGUACCAAGCUGGUGUGAUCGUGUACUAUGGAAGACCCGAGUCGUUCCCGACGCACCCGAGUCUCCGCCUGAUUCACCCUGGUCUAGUCAAAUGAUGGAUUCGAGUCAUUCCCAUAGACCCCUCAACCGUUUAUCUCAAGCUUUUGUCAAUUUCGGGGGUCAUCUCCGACUGCCCGUCUCGCGAUCAAAUACGAUCGAGCCUGCUGCGUCCGAUCGCCAUCUUGGCACACGAAUAUUGGGAUCCAUGGCUCGACGUGGCUCGAUCGAAACGCGGUCUGAGUCACCUCAUCCUGUCGAUACAUCCGGUGGCCCCGCUCUCCUCGUCAAUUCGCCCGAAAAUAGUCCCCGGGAUCUCGUCACUGAUCAGAUCUCUCCGCACAACACCAAAAUCACCAUCCCUUCUCCUCGCCGACCUACCCUGAUCAUUCCUGAUACAGAUAUGAAACGACAGCGAUCGGCCGGCGUAUCUCCGCAUCCUCUGUUAGACAACCUCGGAUCGAAGAUCUCUCCUCCAGCCGAUCCGAAAGUCACGUUUGACCCUGCUCUGGCUGCGGACAGGGAUCGAGGCAUGGCGACCGCGGUAGGAUCGAUGUAUCGACGUCGGGCCAAUUCAGAUAGCGUACCGGUUGGAAUGACCUCGCCUUUGAGCCUCGAACCUGAUAAAGAAGCUAGCUCCCCAAGUCUACGCUUUGAUACCAGUGCAGCUCAACCAAUUCGACGCCUGUCGCUCCCACGCCAUACAUCUCGGCACAAUUCGUACGAUCAAGCGAAAGGCGUCCCCAAAGCUCCGACAGAGACCACACGCCGGACUUCGGGUGGAUCUCUCCGCAUGCGGUCUCGAACUAGGACGUUGGACUCUGUCACAAGCACAAGCACGGCCAUCUCGUCCAGGAUCACACCUCACAAUUUGUUCCGCGGAUCGACGAGCGGCGCAAAUGACCGAGGUGAUGAUGCACAGGAUGACAGUAAUGCUUUUGUCAAGUUUCUCCGAGACAUUCAAUCAUUGCCCAAUUGGCUCCAUCGAGGGAGCGUUGUGACUCCUGUCAGUCCAGUCGUUGCGCCUGUAGUCGAGGAUGUCAAACCUGCACGGCAUCAGCAUGGGGAAGUCGUGUGUAUGCACUAUGGCACCAUCGACGAUGCAGGUAUGAGACAGCUAGAAGGUAGAUCUGAUCAUCGACCGGCGAUCUUUUCGGCAGCUGUGUAUGUUGGGUAG